CCUGCUGGCUUUCCUUUGUACUUGUGCAGCUAGCAAUGCCCUUUGAGGAUGUUUUUCCUUCUCAUACCUUUCUCCGCACGGAAAGCCGUUUCAUGAGCAGUGGCCCUCGCCGCUGGAUCUUUGGCUUUGGCACGUUUUGGGUGGUUCUUCUGCUUCAGUCGGCAUUUCUGUAUAGCCCUAUGAAGUGUGAGAGGGGCCUUUGUACCCGAUCCACUGUCUGGAGAAGGAGGGCGAUGGCGGCGAUGGCGAAUCCCUAUCAGUACAUGCCCACCGAGCCGGGAAAGUCUUCGGACCAGGUGGGCUUCGAGCAGCUCUGCACGCGCUGGAACCAGGAAGAGGCGGAGGCCGUCCAGCGGUGUAAGCGCACCUUGCAGAGUGGAGAGACCACCCGAGAGGCCAAAAUCCUAGCUCUCAAUGAGCUGGAAUAUUGGGCGAUGAGGCGAGGAGGUUACGAUGCGGAAGUCAUUCUCAUUGGAAUGCUCAAGGAUCCCGACCAGGAGGUCUCUGGGCAGGCUCACAUAAGUCUGAAAAAGACCUGGGCAGCGCAUUUCAACAUGUGGGUCAACACGCGUGUCGAUCAUGGCCGCGUGCUGAUGAAGGAGAAAAGGCUUGAUGAAGCUCUGAAGAUAUUCGACAAGGUUGCUUUCGAGAAUCCUCUUUGGGGAGAAGGCUACCACUUGCGAGCCAAGUGCUGGAAUGCCAUGAAGGACGUCGACAAGACGAUCGAGGAUUUGAGGAAAGCGCUGGAGUUCUGCCCGAACAACUACCUCGUGAUGGUUGAAUUGGGCAUCACCCUCAUGGACAAGAAGAAGGCUUAUGCAGAGGCAGCAAGCUUAUUCAAGCGCGCGCUGGACCUCUGUCCUUUCCUGCCGGUGGAGAGCUUCCUCCGAGAUCUCUUCAAGAAGGUGCCGGGCUUGCAAGAAGAAUGGGAUGCUGAAAAGAAGGCCAAUGAAUUCUCCUUGACCGAGCCACCUGCACGGCUCUUGCCAGACAGCUGGGUGCAUCGCUUCGAAGCCACCGAGAGGCCAAAUCAGGCCUUCCUGAGGGUGGGAGGUGAGCUCGAGCAGUGGUUUGCAGAGGUUCGACGCCGGGAGGCGGAUGCGGCCACACAGAGAAAGCUUUGGUGCGGGGAGCCAAGUGAAGGGUGGGACUGCGUACCAGAAGAGACCGGGGUAGGCCCAACUGAUUGCUUUUGGAUCGUUCGACUGUUUGGCACCAUUCCAUUCGCCAUCGGCUUCAUGGGCCUUCCAGGAGCUCUAGGACUCUACGUCCUUUGAAGUUGAUGCCAGGAGUGUGCUGGUCAUAAAGUGGGAUCCAGACAAAUGGCCAAGAGAGCUUCGCUCGUUUACCACGCAGGCGUGGCUCGGCGGUCAUCUUUGCACAAGUCAUUGAAGCACCCGGUGGGGUGGCCGCAUUUUGGUCCUUUGUUUGUCACCCCACAACAUUCAACGGGCCAAGCUUCCCGUGUAACAGGGGUCGCGAAGAGAAUCGAACUGAACGUACUAAGCUUAUUCGAUGCGAUCAUGUUUCUAGGGAAUCAACUGGGUUCUGAAAGGUGUCCCAGUCUGGGAAUGGCCAAUGGCCAAUAGAUGCAACAAGAAUGUUGUGCCUCAUGGAGUAUUUGUCACUCGUAAGGCUUUCCUUCGGCCGAAGCCUUUAAAGCCAGGUGCACGAGGCGCUGAAAGCCCGGCGCGAGCGUGAGCUUGCGAAGGCUCAGCCUGAGGCAAUUGAGCAGUGGAAAGACAAGGAUGAUGAGGAGUUCGAAGAGGCGCAGGCGGAGUAUGACGAGGAAGCAGUGGCCUUCCUGAAGCGUUUGCGUGCGCAGCGUACUGGCCGUUGAGACCGAAA